GUUAGCAGCUAGAUGCAACAACUAGCGAAGUGCUGGAACCGUACGGUCUCUGGAACAACUGGUCCCCACAAAGGUUAGAAUAUGGGCAUCGUAGCCCUUGAAACGAAAACAAGAGCCACUUUUCCCCGAAACUGGCAGUUGUUGACUACGCAUAGGAUGAAGACUGGUUUUGAUUUAAUGGUGUAAUACGUGAGUUAUUUGGAGUUUAACAUGUGAGAGAUGGUGGGUUUAUUGAGAUCCUCGUUGUCCAGGAGAACAAGAUGGCAGCAUUGCAGGCAAACCGAGCAUGGUGUGGGUACUUGUUAACUCGUUAGCAUGUUCAGAGAAGCACUGGAUUCUGUAAUUUACUAUUGUUUAUAAAGGUAUGGCCUCACACAUUUUGGUCUACCCGCCACACGUUUAUCAAACCCAAACAAGUGCCUUUUACAGUGUGAAGAAACCCAGAGUUGAGCUCAACAGCUGUGUUUUUCAUGAGAGGACCCUGCAGACCUAUAUAAUUGGAGUAAACCUUGGCAUUGCUAAGCCUACCAAUAUCAUCCCUUCAAUUAAGACGAAAGUGUAUUGUAGACCCCUGAGUGGGCAGGACUUAUCCUCGCAGGCAGCUACAUCCCUGAAAGAAGUACACAGUGAGUUGCUCCAAAAAACGACCCAGACCCAGGGCCCCCCCUGUCAAGGCAAGGGUCGAGAGAAGCUGGGACUGCAGUGGGACAGCAGUGUAGCUACAGGUGCAGUCAGACUGGGUAGAGGGGACUGUGGCCAGAGAAGCAGCAGUGAAGAAGGUGAGGAGAUAGAAGAGCACAGUGGCGGUGUGAACUAAUUGGACAGCUUCCUGCGAUGUGGGCUGAACUGUAAGGGUGAGUGGAGAACAGUGGGAAAGCCAUGCAGAUAGUAGAGGACAUUUCCAUGAUAUCUGCCAUGUUGCAAACUAACGUAGGGAACAAGAACAUGGUGGGGGGAGUGCCCCCCAAACAGAGUGGUGGUGGGACUGGGGCUCAUAAUGCAGCAGGGGAUGGGGACUACCAGUUGGUGCAGCACGAGGUCUUGUGCUCCAUGAAGAACACUUAUGAGGUGCUGGAGUUCCUGGGUCGUGGCACCUUUGGACAGGUGGUGAAGUGUUGGAAGCGAGGCACAGGGGAGGUCGUGGCUAUCAAGAUCCUAAAGAACCACCCAUCGUACGCGAGGCAGGGCCAGAUUGAGGUGGGCAUCCUUGCCCGUCUGAGUGGGGAGAACGCUGAUGAGCACAACCUGGUGCGGGCCUUCGAGUGCUUCCAGCACCGCAGCCACACGUGCCUGGUGUUUGAGAUGCUGGAGCAAAAUCUCUAUGACUUCCUCAAGCAGAACAAGUUCAGCCCGCUGCCAUUGAAGGUGAUCAGACCGGUCUUACAGCAGGUGGCCACUGCGCUGAAGAAGCUCAAGAGCCUGGGCCUGAUCCACGCUGACCUGAAGCCGGAGAACAUUAUGCUGGUGGACCCGGUGCGACAGCCUUACCGGGUGAAAGUCAUCGACUUUGGCUCGGCCAGCCACGUGUCCAAAGCUGUGUGCUCCACGUACCUGCAGUCACGCUACUACAGGGCUCCAGAGAUCAUCCUGGGCCUGCCGUUUUGUGAGGCCAUCGACAUGUGGUCUCUGGGCUGUGUCAUCGCUGAGCUCUUCCUGGGCUGGCCCCUCUACCCAGGAGCACUGGAGUAUGACCAGAUUCGCUACAUAUCUCAGACACAAGGGUUGCCGGGGGAGCAACUGCUGAACGUGGGGACCAAGACUUCCCGCUUCUUCUGCAAAGAGUCUGACUCGCCUUAUGCUCCCUGGAGACUGAAGCUGACAGAGGAACAUGAAACUGAGACUGGGAUGAAAUCCAAAGAGGCUAGGAAGUACAUCUUUAGCAGUCUGGAUGACAUAGCACAUGUGAAUCUGGUGCUGAACAUGGAGGGCAGUGACUCGUUGGCGGAGAAGGCCGACCGGAGGGAGUUUGUGGGCCUGCUGAAGACCAUGUUGCUAAUUGAUGCUGAGAAGAGGAUUGCUCCCUCCGAUGCCCUCAACCAUCCCUUUGUCACCAUGCAGCACCUCCUCGACUUCCCCCACAACAAUCAUGUUCAAUCAUGUUUCCACAUCAUGGACGCCUGUCAAUCACGGCCCAACGCGUACGACACACUCAACCGCAACAAAGCCCCGUUCCCCAGACCCUCAACCAAAUCCGCUGGACUGCCAAUGGCCUUCAGUAAGAUGGGAUCGGUUCACUCUCAGGCUUUGACGCAAUCCGCUCCCUCUGUGAUGCAUCCUGGGAUGCUGCAGACAGGAAACAGUCAGUUUGGGUGUAAUGACUCCUUUCAGCCAGCCCUCAUCCUCUGCCCCCCAGCCAUGCAAGGUAACCCAAACCAGCCAGGAUAUACAGUUAGGAUGGAGAACACGAUACCGAUGGUGACCCAAGCCCCUCCCAUACAGCCUUUGCAGAUGCGACCUGGAGUCAUAGCACAGGAACCGUGGUCAAGUAGAGGCCAGCAGAUCCUGGUACAAGCCUGGCAGCAAGUGGCUCCCCCUCCCACCACUAUGGCUUCUGAUACUGUGGGUGGCCCACAGAGGCUCAGUGACUGGGGGAAAGUUAGGCAACACAGCAACCAUUACAGCAACAUGAUGCAGCCUCUUCUAACCAACCAAAUGACCAUGCCCGGUCCACAACCAAUCAACAUUGGCAUUGCACACGUGGUGUGGCCACAGCCGCACGCCAACAAUAGGAACCGGCCCAGUCAGAACCGGAGCAUGUACUACUCCCAAAACAACGGGAACGUCCAAAUCUCAAUGUGCCGCUCUCCAAAGAUGGCCGACCGUGUUAGUCACACAGGAGGAGGAGAUGGUUCCCGUGGGGAGAGGCCCAUGGUGGAGGUUGAGGUUGAGCAGGAAAGAAGACAUGAGGAGGAGGUGAGCUGCUGUAAGCCAGUGGAGGAGGAGAGGAUAGACAUGUCCCACCAGCAGCGAGAGUCUGUGGUUAUCCACGACCUGCCCAGCCCCACCCUCAGCGUCAUCAGCAUCAGCAGUGACACGGACGGGGAGGAGGGUUCCUCCUGCAGGUUCAAAGGCAGCCCUGACUGCGAGGCGUGUAAGAGCUCUCUGAAUAUGGAGAGGGUGUGUUCCCUCAGCAGCCCAGACAGCACUCUGAGCACCAGCUCCUCUGCCUCGGUGCAGUCCAGCCCAUCCCCCUGCAAGAGGCCCAACAGCAUGUCUGAGGAUGAUGGUCAUGAGAGCGGCUGCGAGACGGUGGACUGUUCCCCUGCCUCGGACUCCAGCCGGAGCCACAGCCCCUACCUGGGGAGCCGCUACCUAGGCAACCACAGCCAUCAAUCCCUGAGCAUGAGGACGAAUGGCAUGGCCCCCCAGAAGGAGCCAAGCAAUCCCCCUGUGAGAACCAUGGUGGUGCCACCUAUGAGGGUGGUGUGGAACAACAACAACAUGGACCUGCACACAGACAGAACGGUCUUCGAACCCACGUGCCAGUCCAAAGGGCGCUGCGCCCCCGGACGACUGAACCACCACUCCACCCACCUCCACCCCCGGCAGCAACAGAAGAUGACUGCAUUCCAGCAGCAGCCACUAGGCUUCGGCCAGCCUCAGGUCCAGCAAUACAGCUCCUGCCACAAGGAGUGGAAUGUAAACAAUGGGCUGCAUCGGCGGCCGCACGCUUACAUCCCUCCCACGGUGCACGGCCCCCAGGCCGCCCUGCUCUCCUAUCCUCCCUCGGCGCCCGUCGCACACCUCCUGGCCUCGCCCUGCGCCCAGCGGCCCGUCCUUCAGCCCGCUUACGGCAUCUCCCAUCCUGGCAGCAUUGUCCACCAUGUGACCAUGGGCAUCAACAACCGGCUGCUGCCCUCACCCACCAUCCACCACCAGGGCCAGUUCAAGCCCUUCUUUCCCCCACACUCCUACAUUGCCUCGCCAGCCUAUACAGGCUUCCCCCUCAGCCCCACCAAACUCAACCAGUACCCUUACCUCUGAGCACCAGCCGCCCAGAGCCAUAGACCAGCAGGGGCAGCCAGCAGUGACAAUGACAACCAAGGCCUUCAUCUGUCUCCCCACCCCCCCACCCCAAGGCUUCAACAAAUCAUGUUGGUUGAUGGUGGUGGUGGUGAUGAUGAUAGAAUUUCAACCUUAAGCUGUAAAAAAAAAAAAAAAUUAAGAAAGAAAUUAAUCAAUCAAUGAUUAAGAAAUUCUCACUUUUAAUGAGUUUUUGCACAUUUGCUCUACAGUGUCAUUUGGAUUAUAAGUCUCACAGUACAAUACAGUCUCACAGUACAAUACAGUCUCACAGUACAGUAGUCUCACAGUACAGUAGUC